AUGUCGUUAUCACUCUAUGACUGCAGAGAAUGUGAAGAGAUCCCAAUGUUGGGGCAGUUGCCCAAUCUCAAGUCCCUUGUGUUGUUGGAAUUGAGCAAUUUGAAGUGUAUAAAUUCUUCAUUCUACGGAAUGGUGAACAAGGACACACGCAUUGUUUUUCCAGCUCUCGAAAAGCUCGAAUUGAUUGACAUGCCUAAGCUGACAAAGUGGGUAGAAAUAGAAGUUUCGGGUGGAAGUGAAGUGAAGCUAUUUCCUCGCCUCCAACAUUUGGAAAUUAAGCGGUGCUCGCAAUUGAUGAGUGUUCCAGGUUUGGGGCAGUUACCCAAUCUCAAGUCCCUUGAGUUGAGUGAAUUGAGCAAUUUGGAGUGUAUAAAUUCAUCAUUCUACGGAAUGGUGAACAACGACACGCGCAUUGUUUUUCCAUCUCUCGAAAAGCUCGAAUUGCAUCGCAUGCCUAAGCUGGCAGAGUGGGCAGAAAUAGAAGUUUCGGGUGGAAGUGAAGUGAAGCUAUUUCCUCGCCUCCAACAUCUGAAAAUUAGUCGUUGCGAGCAAUUGAUGAGUGUUCCAAGUCAUGUCUCGUCAUGCCUUCAACAUUUGACAAUUCGUUGGACCGGUCUGGAAUUUCUCCCAGCUGAUUGGUUAUUCAGUAACAACCAGACUCUCUCUCAUUUGGAAAUAAGUUACUGCUCCAAUUUGACAGAAUUAGGAGAUAGCCGCGGAGAACAAUCACAAGGAAGCUUCACAUCCCUUCGCGUUCUCAGGAUUGAUGAAUGCGAAGCAUUGGAGUAUUUGCCAUGUGAAAUGCUAGGAUUCUCUCUUGAGGAGCUGUCAUUGGCGAAUUUAAGUAGCCUAAAGAAUCUAGGAAGGGUAAAUGACUGCCUCCCAAGAUUGGCUCGUCUAACACAUUUGUCAGUCUAUGGCGUUCCUGAAUUUAUGGCCACUGGUUGUCUUAAGAUUUCACCUUUUCCCAUCUUGAGAAAGGUGGAUAUCGAUGUUAGUAUGGGGGUGGAGACUGUGGAUGCCAUAUUGCAAGGAUGCUGCCACUCGCUUUAUAGCUUGUCUUUGAAGGGGAUGGAAAGUUGGGAAUGCCUACAGGAAUCAAUUCAACUUCUCACAGCUCUUUCUCAGUUAAGGUUAUUUGAUUUUGGAAUGGAAGAGUUACCUGAAUGGUUUGGAAACCUCUCAUCCCUAAAGGAGUUGUGGUUAUUGAACUGCAAAAGACUAAGGCGUCUACCCUCUAUGGAUGCAAUGCAGCGCCUCACAACAUUAGAAGUACUAGAUAUUUAUGGUUGCCCGGAAUUAGUGAUUAAAAGGGAGGCAGCUGAUUCUGAAUGGCCCAAGGUUUCCCAUAUCCCCCUCAUCCAAAUUGACGAUGACGGUGAGUAUCAAUAUCUUUUCUUGUUUACUUUUAUAUAUACAGAAACAAUUACAUGUGUAUUUUAUUUCAAUUUUUUUUUUAUCAGAAAUUGAGGUACCGUAUCUUACUUUAUGGAGUUUAAUUCCAAUUAAGUUGCUAUUGGUUUGGUGCUCCACUUCAUCUCGAUAUGCUUAAACGAUAUGAGAUUAA